CGCCAUUAACUCCAAAAGACGUAUCGUCUCAUGAAAUCGUUGAAAAACUCGACAAACACUUUCAUCCAAAACCAAAUGAGAUUGUGCAGCGGUUUGCGUUCCAUAAGCGGCACCAGAAUAGUGGGGAGACAAUAGCUGAUUUCGUAAAAGACUUGCGUAAACUGUCGGAACAUUGUGGCUUCAUGGAACUGGAUAAUAUGUUGCGGGAUCAAAUUGUUUGCGGAGUGACAGAUGAAGCGCUGCAAAAACGUCUUUUUAGCGAACCAAGAUUAGACUUUAAACGUGCGUACGAGAUAGCAAUCGCCCAUGAAGCGGCUUACCGCAAUGUAAGGGACGUGCGCGGCAAUGGUAAUGACGUUUUGGCGGUGUCAAUGAAGAAUAAACCCAGGAAAGUAGAAAAGUUGGAGUGUUUCCGUUGAGAGGGCAGCCAUUUUGCGAA